AUGACUUUUCUCGUGGGAAAACCUCUAACAUGGGCAAUCACGGCCACUGCUGGUAGUGGCUUUCUGCUUUUUGGCUAUGAUCAGGGUGUUAUGUCUGGCAUCCUGUCAGGGGAUGCCUUCACUCGAACCUUUCCCGAGAUUGAUACCACUGCUAGUGGACACGGAAGUUCUUCGUUGCAAGGCACUGUUGUUGCUAUCUAUGAAAUCGGCUGCUUCCUGGGUGCCCUGGUGGCGCUAUUUGCAGGCGAACGACUAGGCCGUCGCAUGUGUAUCAUGGCCGGCUGCGUUAUCCUCAGCAUCGGUGCUGCCCUCCAGGCGACGGCAUAUACCAUUCCACAUAUGAUCGUGGGCCGCAUUGUGGCUGGCGUUGGAAACGGCCUCAACACAAGUACCAUCCACUACGGUAUGAGCUACGUGAAAAGCGAGGCCCAGUUUCGCUUUCCCCUGGCUCUGCAGAUUCUCUUCGCCAUAAUCACCUUUAUUGGUGUCAUACUCCUGCCUGAAUCUCCCAGAUGGCUCAUCGCGCACGACCGGCACAACGAAGCCCGCCACAUCCUGUGGGCCAUCCAGCCUAACGCCCAUCAUAUAUCCGAAGAUGACCCGGUGGUGAACCUUGACGUUGCGGACAUCACCAAGGCCAUUGUGGAAGAACAGGCAGCUUCCAAGGAGGGAUCUUUCAGGGCUGUGUUCAAGAACGGUCCUCAGCGGUUCCUUCAUCGAACACUACUCGGAAUGGGUGGCCAAAUGAUGCAGCAGAUGUCUGGGGUGAACCUCAUCACCUAUUACAACACCGUGAUCUUCGAGAAAUCCGUCGGCAUGACCCAUAACUUGGCUUUGCUGAUGGCCGGGUUUAACGGGGUCGCUUAUUUCGUCUCGACGUUUGUCCCCAUCUGGACCAUUGAUCGACUGGGGCGACGCAAAUUGAUGCUCUUUGCCGCUGCUGGCCAAUGCUGUUGCAUGGCGAUCUUGGCCGGCACUGUAUGGGACGGUAGCCAUGCCUCUGGAAUUGUGGCCACGGUCAUGCUCUUCCUGUUCAAUUUUUUCUUUGGCGUGGGCCUCCUCGCAAUUCCCUGGCUCUGGAUCUUCACCUUCCUCGUCGUGGAAAUCACCCCGGUGAGCAUCGACAACAUCGGCUACCGCACCUACAUCUACUUUGCCGUCUUCAACUUCUGCUUCCUCCCACUGAUCUACUUCUUCUACCCGGAGCCGCGCAACCUGACCCUGGAACAAGUCGACCUGCUCUUCACCGGCGAGAAGGUGAAACUGCACUGGCAUCCCUCCAUGGGUACCGCCGGCGACCCGACCGCGCGCGUGGUGGCGAGCAAGAAAGAGUCCGAGAGCGACGUUCAGCAUGUGGAGUAA